UGUUUCUCGAUUUUCAAAUGCCAAAUUUUGAGUCUUUGGAACACUUUUUUUUCUGGGGUUGAUCGAAUUGAUCACCACCAUAGUUUUUGAGUUGAAUUUGCUUUAACUUAAUGUAGCGGUUAUUGUGAUUGAGGGAUUUCUGUUAUGGUUACUCUGAAGUCUAAUAUUGCUGAAAUUGCUUCAAUUUAUGGUUUUGGGUUGAAGGGUUGUUGCACCAUUUGGUCAUGUGAAACGGGGUUGGUUUUGUUUUGUGGUUAAGGUCACUUGCUUUAUUCACUGGUAAUCAUUGAUGUUUUAUGGAUUUUGCGUAUCAGUAAUGUUAUCACCACAAGGGCCCUUUUAAUUUGAUUUCUUCUGCCAAAGUCACUUUCAUUGUUCUUCGAUGGAUGAAUUAAAUUGAAGCAGCAUCUUGUUUGGAUGGUGUGAAAUUGUGGGGAAGUUGGUGUCUUUUUUCUUUUUCUGUUUGUCGACUAUGUAUCUGUGGAGUUAUUCUUUAUCAUGUUGUCUUGGAUGAUAAAGAUUUAUUUUUUUCUGGGGACUAUCUAUCUGGGUAUGCUGGAAAUGGACGAUCACUUGUGUCACUGAUUUGAAUCUGGUGAAGGGGACAGUAACCUGUGCUAAGAACUGGCUUCUGCACAUGGGGUUUGCUCUAUAGUCCAUUCUUCUAAUUGGGUUUGAUAUUCACUUUUUUUUCUUCACUGCAGCAGGGACCCUGUCCUGCCUGCUGUCUCUUGCAUUGGAUUUUUUUUUCCUUUACUUUUUCAAGUUUUGUCAUUGGUUUCAAGUUCAAGCAGAACGUUGCUUUUGUUACUAGCAACCCAGUUGAAUCAGAUGGUUUAGGACAUCCAAAUUGGUGUAAUUGGACUUUCUUGACUAGCUAAAAUGAAAACGAGAUUGUGAAGGGUUCUAAUGGAGAUUGAGAAAUUAGAGAUAAUAACAAGGAUCCUUCUCAACAUUCUCGACGAGAUUAAUGACAGCAUCUCUGUAUAUAUCCCUGCUUCCUUUGCAGUUAGACUGGAGCCUGCCAUGCUGACUAUGCACAAAUCCGAGACGAAGGGUGAUGCAAUGAAGCAGUCUCUUGAUCCUUCAUCCUGGGGUCCUUCCAAGAUUCCAUCUAUAAAUAUACCUAGAAAAUCGGGGCACAGUGCUUGGGAGGUUUUAUCUGGAUCUGAUUCCUUCCAUGCUUCAUCUGAUGCUAGCCUCUUUUCUAGCUCAUUACCUGUUCUUCUGCAUGAAAAUUUGAACUUAAAUGACGCUAAAAAUGUUUAUCAAUCUGUUGAUGACAUCUCAUCUGGCUUUGAAAAGCUCCAUCAAGAUGUAGAGGGCAAUAAUCCACUUGAAGAUAGUGAUGCUCAUGCAAUUGGAACCAUGCUUCCUGAUGAUGAGGAGGAGCUUUUAGCUGGCAUAAUGGAUGAUUUUGACCUAAGUGGUUUACCCGGUUCCCUUGAGGACUUGGAAUUGGAAGAGUAUGAUCUUUUUGGUAGCGGUGGAGGUAUGGAACUAGAAACUGAUCCCCAGGAAAGUCUCAAUGUUGGUAUGUCUAAGUUAAACUUCUCUGAUGGUACUGUUGGCAAUGAUUUACCCCAUUAUUCUUUUCCUAAUGGUGCGGGAACUGUUGCUGGAGAACAUCCAUAUGGUGAGCAUCCUUCUCGAACAUUAUUUGUUCGAAAUAUUAACAGUAAUGUGGAGGAUUCAGAACUGAGAUCUCUUUUUGAGCAACAUGGUGAUAUUAGAACGCUAUAUACUGCAUGUAAACAUCGGGGGUUUGUAAUGAUAUCCUAUUAUGACAUCCGCGCUGCUCGAUCAGCUAUGCGUGCAUUGCAAAACAAACCUCUGCGGCGCAGGAAACUUGACAUUCACUUUUCAAUACCAAAGGAUAAUCCAUCAGACAAGGAUGUCAACCAAGGAACCUUGGUAGUUUUCAAUUUGGAUCCAUCUGUUUCAAAUGAAGACCUCCGUCAAAUAUUUGGGGCUUAUGGAGAGGUCAAAGAGAUAAGGGAAACUCCUCACAAGAGGCAUCAUAAAUUUAUUGAAUUUUAUGAUGUCAGAGCUGCAGAAGCAGCACUUAAAUCAUUAAACAGGAGUGACAUAGCUGGUAAACGCAUAAAGCUUGAACCUAGUCGGCCUGGAGGAGCUCGUCGAAAUUUGAUGCUCCAACUAAAUCAAGAGCUUGACCAAGAUGAAUCUCGGAGUUUCCGAUAUCAAGUGGGUUCACCUGUAGCCAACUCUCCGCCAGGUAAUUGGUUACAGUUCAACAGCCCUGUUGAGCAGAAUUCAAUGCAAACUAUGAAUCAUUCUCCUGGUUCUAGGAUCAUGAGCCCAAAUACAGGCAAUAAUUUAUCAGGAUUAGCUUCAAUUUUGCAACCACAGGUAUCAAACACCAUAAAGGGCGCAACUAUUGGCAAGGACUUGGGAAGGAGUAGUCAUGGAGAGCACAUAUAUACCAAUAUGAAUUCAUCACACGGAGUUUCUUUUCAGUCGCAUUCACUUCCAGAGCCAAAAUUCAGCCAAUAUCGUGGAGCUUUAUCCACUUUUGGUUCAUCAACAGCUAAUGGAUCCUCAGUGGAGACCUUGUCUGGGCCACAGUUUCUAUGGGGAAGUCCAAGCCUCUAUGAGGAGCAUACCAAGCCUUCAGCUUGGCCAAGACCAGCGGUGGGGCAUCCAUUUACUUCGAAUGGAAAGAGCCAUGCCUUUCCAUACUCAAGUCAGAAUAAUUCCUUUGUCGGUUCAUCCCAGCAUCAUCACCAUCAUCAUGUUGGCUCUGCUCCAUCAGGUUUACCUUUUGAAAGGCAUUUUGGUUUCCUUCCUGAGUCACCUGAAACUUCAUUCAUGAAUAAUGUUGGUUAUGGAGGCAUGGGUUUGGGCAACAAUGAUGGAAAUUACAUGGUUAAUGUGGGUGGGUCUGUUAAUGCUGGCAUUACUGUACCAAGAAAUAUGUCUGAUAAUGGUUCAUCAAACUUCAGAAUGAGGUCUUCUCCGAGGCUUAGCCCUGUUUUUUUAGGUACUGGUCCUUAUCUGGGACUGCCACCUACCACCAUGGAGAGCUUGACUGACCGUACUCGGAGUAGAUGGAUAGAGAACAAUGGGAACCAAGUUGAUAGCAAGAAGCAAUUUCAGCUUGACCUGGAUAAGAUUAAAAGUGUUGAAGAUACAAGGACUACAUUAAUGAUAAAAAAUAUCCCUAAUAAAUAUACCUCAAAAAUGUUAUUAGCUGCCAUUGAUGAAAAUCACAGGGGUACAUAUGAUUUUCUCUAUCUGCCAAUUGACUUUAAGAAUAAAUGCAAUGUGGGUUAUGCUUUUAUCAACAUGCUGUCACCCGCGCUUAUUAUUCCAUUCUACGAGACAUUCAAUGGGAAGAAAUGGGAGAAAUUUAAUAGUGAAAAAGUUGCUUCUUUGGCUUAUGCUCGAAUCCAAGGAAAGACUGCCCUUGUGAGCCACUUUGAAAAUUCAAGCUUGAUGAAUGAAGAUAAGCGCUGCCGCCCUAUUCUGUUUCACUCAGAGGGUCCUGAAGCUGGUGAUCAGAUCAUACAAGAGCAUUUUCCUUCCAACUCCAACAAUCUAAAUAUUCAGGCACCUAGGUCAACUGAGUUACAUUCAAGUGAUACUCCUGGAAUCCCUUCAAUGGAUGGCCCUCCUAUGAUCUUGGAUACAAUUUAACAUUAUAUCAUAUGCAGAAUUGCCGAGCCCAACUUGGUUACUGUUAGUGUUUAACAUUUGCAUGUUUUGUGUCUGGUGCUGCAUAUAUUAAGGAUGGAUAACAGAAGGAUGUAGAUUUUGUACCAUAAUUAUUUUCCUAAGUAUUUUGCCAGCAAGCUUCAUAAGUUUGGAGCAUUUUGAUUGAUUUGCUGCACAGGAAGCUGAUCUGAUAUAAUGUACACAAGGUGGGAGCAAAGGCUGUAGAGUUGAGCAAAUGGAGUUUCCUUCUAGGGAGGUCUUUAUCUACAGUUUUGCUCAUUUUUUCGCAUUUUGAUGGUUUGCCAUUUGAGUAUUUUUUCCCCCCUUCUGAAAAUGUUAAUAUGGCUAGAGUCUAGUUAUGUUUGAGGUAGAGUUUUGGUAAGUUUACAUGGGGUACAAAAUUGUAUAGAGAAAUAAGGACUUCUUUCUAUGUUCCUCUAAUGUAUCAAUACUCUUGAAAAUGAUGUGUAAACCUGUAUUUAAAAAUGAUGGUGUACAAGGGGCUCUUUAUCUCAACCACGGUACAAUAUUGUUUUGGCAGAAUCCAUCUUUG